UAAAAGGAGUAACAACCCAUCUGUGGAAGCCCAAUAAUAAUAGCUGUCUUCCCUCCUCAAGCUACAACGGCUAUAUUAUUUAAAUAAACACAAAUGACCAAAAAGCCCUCCGCGCCCCUAAAGCACAAAUCUUAAAUUCUAAACGUUACUCCCACGAAAGAACCCUAUUAUAGUCUUUUCACCUGAAUUCCAACGUUCAAAUAUUUGUCAAUUCUACAACGGUCAUCUCAAUUUCAAAAAAAAUAUAACAUCCCUCUUUCUUCCCUUCUUUGAUCAACAGACACACUCUCUUUUUAUCUCCAACAAAGAUCUAAACUAGAUUCUCUAAAAAAAAAAAAAACCAGCUACAAAUUAAAAAAAAAUAAAAAACUUUCCAUUAAAAUCCAUAAUUCUAAUUUCUCGAAUUCCUUCCAUUUUAGCAAAAAUGAAUGAUUUGAUGACAAAGUCAUUCCUGAGCUAUGUUGAUCUAAAGAAGGCGGCGGCGAAAGAUGUCGAAAAAGAUUUGGAAUUGGGAAUGUCAGUAGCUAAUUUAGACCCAAAAAUGGAAGCAUUUUUGGAAGAAGCAGAGAAAGUGAAGGCAGAAAUUGGUUCAAUUGAAGAUACAUUGAAAACCUUGGAAGCGUCGAAUGAGGAGAGUAAAUCAUUGCAUAAACCAGAAGCUUUGAAGGCGCUUCGAAGCCGAAUUAGUGUUGAUAUUGUAACUGUGCUUAAGAAGGCUAAAGCUAUUAAAGCUCGCCUCGAACAGAUGGACCGUGCUACUGCUGAAAAUCGCCGCCUUUCUGCUGAUAUGGGUACCCCCAUUGAUAGAACUAGAACAUGUGUGAUAAAUGGUCUAAGAAAGAAGCUGAAGGAGUUAAUGAUGGAAUUCCAAGCACUAAGGCAAAGGAUGAUGUCUGAGUACAAGGAAACAGUAGGAAGAUGCUACUAUACUGUCACAGGAGAGAACCCAGAUGACGAUGUAAUCGAAAAGAUCAUAUCAAAUGGUGCAGGAGAAGGUGAAAUUUUAUCCCAUGCUAUCCAAGAGCACGGCCGAGGCAAGGUGUUGGAGACAGUGAUCGAGAUCCAAGGCCGCCACGACGCGGCCAAGGAGAUCGAAAGGUCCCUGUUGGAGCUUCACCAAGUGUUCUUAGACAUGGCUGUGAUGGUUGAGGCUCAAGGGGAGCAAAUGGAUAACAUUGAGCAUCAUGUUAUUAAUGCAUCAAAUUAUGUUCAAGAUGGUAAUAAGAAUCUUAAGAAGGCUAAAGAUUAUCAAAGGGGUAGUAGGAAGUGUAUGUGCAUUGGGAUCAUAGCAUUAUUGGUGAUCAUACUAUUGAUUGUCAUUCCUAUUAUUGCUAGCUUAAGUCAUUCUUAAGUUUAUACUUUGUUUCUUUGUCUGUGUUCUUGGAUUAUGUGUAAUGGAUGAUGUGUGUAAUUAGGGGCUGUUACUCAAAGCUCCCUUAAUUCUAUUAAGAAAUUAUUUCAUUCA